AUGCCCCAGUGCAUCCCCUUGCUGGAUGGGGACACCCUGCGGAGGUGGAGCUGCCUCUCCUACCAGGAGCUGGUGAAGGAGAUCUGCUCCCUCUUCAUCACAGCCGAGCUGGUCCCACGGAGCGUGCUCGAUGACCUGAUUGACAGGGCCUUCAGCAGGUUCAGACACAAGGAUGUCGUCCAUCUGUCCAGGCUGAAAGAUGGGCUGAAUGUUUUGGAGCUGUGGCAUGGGGUUACUUAUGCCUUUAAGGAUCUGUCCUUGUCCUGUACGGGACAGUUUUUACAGUACUUCUUGGAGAAAAAACAGAAGCACAUCACUAUUCUGGUGGGGACUUCAGGGGACACGGGGAGCUCAGCCAUCGAGAGUGUGAGAGGGCAGAAGAACAUGGACAUCUUUGUUCUGCUGCCCAAGGGGUUCUGCACCCAGAUACAGGAACUUCAGAUGACCACCGUCAUUGAAGACAACGUCCAUGUCUUUGCUGCUCAUGGGAACAGCGAUGAAAUCGAUGAGCCGAUCAAGGAACUGUUCGCUGAUGCCGAUUUUGCCAGAAAAUACAAUCUGAUGAGCUUGAAUUCGGUCAAUUGGUCUAGGAUUAUGGUGCAGAUUGCUCACCACUUCUAUGCUUACUUUCAGUGUGCCCCGUCCCUGGAUACCACCCCGCUGCCAGUGGUGGAAAUUGUUGUGCCAACAGGAGGAGGAGGAAAUAUCACAGCUGGCUGUAUUGCCCAGAAAAUGGGUCUCCCAAUUCGACUUGUUGCCGCGGUUAACAGCAAUGACAUCGUUCACAGGACUAUUCAACAUGGAGAUUUCUCACUGUUGGAGAGCGUGAAGGCUACAUUAGCAUCAGCCAUGGAUAUUCAGGAGCCUUACAACGUGGAGAGGAUCCUCUGGCUGCUCUCGGGCUCCAACAGCCGCCUGACAAAAACACUGAUGGAACGCUUCAGCGCGUCAAAAAGCCUUAAGCUGCCGGAGGAUUUGCACAGAAAGCUCUCUGAGACCCUGGGCUCAUGCUCGGCCUCCGAUGAGGACAUUGUGCGAGCCAUGCAGCGCAGCUGGGAGGAAAACCGCUACCUGCUGUGCCCCCACUCCGCCGUAGCUGCUCACCACCACUACUCGCAGCCAGAUGGCACGCCCCGGUGUUGCUUAGCUCCAGCUUCCGCAGCCAAGUUUCAGGAUGCCCUGCUCCAAGCUGGCCUGGUUCCUCAGCUCCCCCCUGAAAUCACUGCCUUAACAGCAAUGGAGACCAGGUCCACUCCCCUGGAGCGGGGGCAGGACUGGGCACGGGUGCUCCGGGAGCAGAUCGAAGCCACAGCACAGCAGCGGGAGGCACGGGGGAGCCGACCGACUCCGCCGGGACAGCGGGGGAUCACUGGGCAGGGAGUCAUGCAGACCUGA